CAUAGAAAUGAAUUAGCAAAAACAAUUGAAAGUUGUCAGAGAAUCAGGUCGUACGAAGCUUGCUCUCUCGCUCUUGUUCUUCGCUCGAAUCUUCGCGCGCCACGAUCAGUUGUUCUCAUGGCUUCGAAUAGUAACAAGGAUCUUCUUUCUGGUUCUUCAGACAGCAAAAACGCUAAACCCGAAACAUCCUCCUCGGAGCAACAGGCAGCACGCCAAAGAGUCAGCUCUAUAUUUGAAGACAUACCUCAGGACAAUCCGUUUGAUUUCUCAUCCAUGACUGACAUUCUUAAUGAUCCUAGCAUCAAAGAAUUAGCUGAACAGAUAGCAAAAGAUCCUUCAUUUAACCAGAUGGCUGAGCAGCUUCAACAAUUUCAGAGUCCACCAGCUCAAGAAGGAAUCCAGUUCAAUCCUGAGCAAUACUUUUCCACCAUGCAACAAGUCAUGCAGAAUCCUCAAUUUAUGUCUAUGGCAGAGCGUCUUGGUAGCACAUUAAUGCAGGAUCCAUCUAUGUCUCGCAUGUUUGAGAGUUUUUCUAAUCCAUCGGACAGUGAUCAGCUUGAGGAGCGAAUGGCACAGAUUAAAGAGGAUCCUUCGUUGAAGCCUAUAUUGGAAGAGAUAGAGACCGGUGGUCUACCUUCCAUGAUGAAGUACUGGAAUGAUAAAGAAGUCUUACAAAAGUUAGGGAAAGCAAUGGGUCUUCCACUUCCAGCUGAGGCAGCUUCAUCUACGGACAACGCUGGGGUAGAUGAUUCUGAAGAAGUGGAUAAUGAGGAUGAGUCGGUUGUUCAUCAUACUGCUAGUACUGGUGAUGUCGAGGGUUUAAAAAAGGCACUUUCAUCUGGUGCUGACAAGGAUGAAGUAGAUUCAGAAGGGAGGACCGCGUUGCAUUUUGCUAGCGGAUAUGGUGAGGUUGAAUGUGCUCAAAUCCUCCUCGAGGCUGGAGCAAAAGUGGAUGCUUUGGACAAGAAUAAAAACACUGCCCUUCACUAUGCAGCCGGUUACGGCAGAAAGGACUGUGUGGCCCUACUCCUGGAAAAUGGCGCUGCUGUUACUCUCACAAACAUGGAUGGAAAGACACCAAUCGACGUCGCCAAGCUAAACAACCAGAACGAGGUGCUGAAGUUGCUCGAAAAGGACGCUUUCCUGUAACUAUGAACUCGGCGACACUUAUGUGCAAGUUAUUGCAUCUUCUUGGUACGCAGUGACUUGAUAUGUAAGAACAGUUUCCUUUCCAUUUGGUUCAAGUUCAAGUAUAUUUUUAGGACUGGUGUUGUCUUCGUUUUUGGUGUCCAUGGCUUUGUCACAAUAAUUUUGUAGUUUCAACUGAUUACAUAUACAGCCCUAUUUGUACAUUUGGUUUCGCCCUUUACUACAUGUGGUUUAUUUGUGUUGUAAAUUAUGUCAAGAAUGGGUAUUGCUGAGAAUUCCAUCUCUCUUAGAAUAGAAACUCCAGGGAUAUGAACUAUGCUUA